CUCUUAUCAAUUUGUCGUUCUUGCUUUAGUUCAACUUUAACAUCUUAGCUGCUGUUGUAGUUCUUAUUCCCAGUCCUAUCAAUCUAUGGGUUGUAUUUUUUCGUGGUCAAUAUUAUCAUCUUUAAUCUAAUAUUUGUCUUUCUUACUGUUUCGAAGAACAGUUACGGAUACGGUUACGACUUUACUCAAGUCACCGCCUCGGUGCAUCUGCUGACUUUAAUCAGGUCGCUCAUCAUCCUCGGAGUUGAGCUAGGAGUCCGGGGGUCUAUGUGUAGGAUCCCCAACCUCCUAGCCUAACCUUCGAAGGGCCUUGGACUACCAACAAGAACAACAUCCAUCGGCAUCGGCAUCGCCAACUACAUUUAUUCUUCGUUUUUAGUAGAGUAAUUACCGAGGGAAACCUCAAGCAUCAACUUCCCGAAUAGAUUCACGUCAUCAGUAGAGUAAGUGUCACGACUUCUACCGUUACUAUCUAACGAAAAAUAAAGAUGCGACGUGGUCAUAUCGGUCCUGGUGGCAAGGCUGCCUUGAUGAAGGCCCAAGACCGCAAGGCCAAGGUGGAAGGAUUAGGAGAAGAGCUUUCGCAAACGAAGCUGGAACAAGCAAAGAAACACUUAUGGCGCAUGGUUUCACAUACUUAGUAGUUAUGAGUGGCUCUGGUAUUUGGCAUACUUAGUAACUCUGGUAUUUGGUAACCUGAUUUUGAUCAUAAGGAAAACAAGAAGGGAAUCCUUGUGAUCAAAUUCAGGCUAUACCAAAUACCAGGCCCACCCAUCGCCGUAUAUCACAAGUCUUAACAGAAGAUAGAAGACGCAGAGAAGAAAGAAGAUCCCGCCAUGAAUUACGCCGUCCUUAAUUAUACCUACUAACAUUAUCACGACCUUGCUUCACCUUACGACCUCGUCACACCAACUACACCAGCCGCCCGACUCUAACACAUUGUGAGAAUUUCAAAGAGCAACUGUCGCAGUUCGCUGUGAAGCAUAGACAAAAGAUAAAUGCAGACACCAACUUCCGGAAUCAGUUUCAUCAAAUGUGUCUCGCAAUAGGUGUAGACCCACUGCAGUUUUACGGAGGCACUUUUAAGGCAUUAAAGGAAUGUGACCGAGGGUAUUCGAUACUGGUAAUGAAUCUUUCCACAUGUUGUGCUUGUGGUUCUUGAUACUCAUCUUAAGAAUGUCUCCUUUCUUAUAGUUGAUGAACAAGAGAAAGAACAUGUGCAGUCUGCAGAGAAAGAACAUUACAUUUCGAUUUCCAAGCAUCGCCGUCGCUAAUUUUCCCGGAGGAGGAGGAAACAACAAGAAUUCCAAAACGUCGUCGUCCUCUUCUUUGCCGAGUAAAACGAAGACCUACUAUGCGGAUCUUUCUGUGCGAGUUUUGACCAUUUGCUUGAACACAAGGAGCGUUAACGGCGGUCUCGUCCACGUAAGAGAGGUCUCAAGCCUCUUAGGCAUGUAUGGAUGAUGUUUUUUCUUCCCUCUAGAUCAGACCAUGAUCGAGGCUCCUCCCUUAGAAGUAAGUAGGCUCUUGUACGUUUGUAGUAAGGGGAAAGGGAUAAAAACCGUGAUGGUCUGCCUAGAAGUGAUGGUCUGCCUCGACACCAUUCAUAGCAUGGGCGCACUCGGGACUGAAGCAGAGGAUGACAUCGCUCAGGCAGUGUCCUUACUGGAGCAAGCCUUUGGAGCAGGAGUGUCAGUGAAAAAAUUCAUCUACAAUUCGUCAGCUGGUGCACAGACUUCUUCACAUUAUGGACUUAAAAUCAUGUGGUCACAGUCUAGUAGAGCUUUUUUUUACCAUUUCAUUUUGUAGUAAGCGUAAGUAAAUGCGGAAAGGAGUAGGAGCGGAACUACAAGGUCGUCCGCAAGCCUCCAUCUUGUUUAUAAUUUUGAGGGAAUUUUAUAGAGAGAAAACAGACCACUAACAAUCGACAGACCACUAACAAUCCAACAACAAGCUAGACUAGCGGGUAGAACUCGGCUGGGAAAUCUUAGGCAUCUCGCCGAAUAGAUUCAAUUAAUCACAGAGAGAAAACAACUUGAACUUUGCACGGAACAUCUUCCUCUACUUCUAGUUCAUCAUCUAGUAUCUGUAUGUAUAGGCUCUUCUAAAAAUAAGCACCAUCAACAACCACUUCCUCUACCUCUUCGCGUAAUACCAUCGUCCGCAUGAUUUCUUCGGUGCCAGAGGAACUAGAUGCCGAUCAAAAUCGAGCUUUAGAGGUCGCGACAAGAAGCGGCGGCACGCUACAUCGAACUAGGGACCUAGUGCGUGGCUUAGGCUGGAACGCCGGCAGAGCCGAAAGAGUGUUGCGCUUCUUCUUGCGGGAAGGACUCUGUUGGCUAGAUAGAGACCCUGAAACAGGCGACGAAACAUUCUGGUUCCCAUCGAUUGCGCUUUUUGGAACAUCAACUUUUUCCAUGGGAGGAGCGACCUCCACGACCAAUGCUAAAGAUGCAGCUCAGGGUCAACAUGAUGUUGUAGAAGGAUGCAAGAAAAACAACGAUGUAGCUGUAGCUGGAGGCGUUGCUCUUGGCGGACUGGCUACUGCCAAUAUUGGAGGAGCUACAACUGGCUUGACAGGAGGCAGUGGAGGAAUUACCAGAAGCAGUGGUCGUGAGGCUGAAGAGAGCAAUGCCACAGGUGGCCCGGUCUUAACGGGUCCGUCUAUUGUCCUCUUUUGAUAAAUAUCACUACAGUCAGCUUGAUCUAAGUACUUCUCUACUUUCAAAUAUUCAUCCAUAUCUUCUAUCCCAUAGAUCCUGUGGAUCAAGAUCAAGUUUCAUUUGUUCUUGAGCUGGACAAGUCGUGAUCCUGCCUUGACAAGUGAAUACAUCUCCCUGCAGCAAUGUGCGCACGCGCAGUAGGUUAUCUGGUUCUGAGCGGUUUUUAUGAAGAGAAGAUCUUGACGUGUUGUGACUGUGGGGACGGUCGUUUGAGGAACUUCAAACGUACAGGAGACGAGUAUGCUUCUUCUUGAGUUGAAUGUAAAUUCCCAUGCACAACUUAGUCGCGCGCAGCUAAACAAGAUAGAUCGAUGUAGUAUAAUGAUGAGAAGAUG